AUGACCGCUACACUUUCCAACAAGGGCCGGGGAAAAUGGGCUCCCUCGAAGAAGGGUGGCGAGAAGAAGAGGGGCCGGUCCGCCAUCAACGAGGUGGUGACCAGGGAGCACACGACCAGCAUUCACAAGCGCAUCCACAGCGUGGGGUCUAAGAAGCGUGCCCCUCGGGCACUCAAAGAAAUCCGUAAAUUCGCCAUGACGGAGACGGGAACUCCGGAUGUGUGCAUCGACACCAGGCUCAACAAAGCCGUCUGGGCCAAAGGAAUAAGGAACGUCCCAUACCGAAUCUGUGCGCGGAUGUCCAGAAAACGCAACGAAGAUGAAGACUCGCCAAACAAGCUCUAUCCAUUGGUCACCUGUGUACCUGUCACCACUUUCAAAAAUCUACAGACAGUUAACGAGGAUGAGAACUAACUGCUGAUCGUCCAAUAAAAGUUGGUUAUAGAGGCAAAAAAAAAAAAAUGUGUGACAGCUGCAUAGACUGCACAGUGAACUGCGGAACCCAGCAAAUGAGAUCCAAUCUGCAAUGACGGGGGAAAGGGAAGGGGACACUCAGCUUAGAACCAGCCACCUGAGUGGGUAAUGAAACUCAUGUGCAUUGAGUGUGUAGUAAA